AUGGCUGAAGUUAGAAUCCUAAGUCAUAUGAACAAGUCUCAUAGACUGGCAAUUGAAGAUUACCUAAAUGUGUAUGGGAAUGUCAUAAUCAACAAGAAAAUUAGCAAUGUUAAAAUGACCCAUAUUGAUUUAGAUCAUAUGGUUAUCACGUUUACACAUGAUGAUUUAGAUUUUGUUAUUGAAAAACCAAUCCCAUUUGAACCUCCUUUAACAGAUUUAUCAGAAGCAAGAGUUAAGUUAGUGGAAAUGGCAAAAUUUGCAGCAAAUAAACGUGGAUAUGCACAUUUUCAAAUUUCUGAUAUAAAAUAUCCAGGUGUUUAUAAUUUGAUUUUAAUUUUUAUCAUUUAUUUACCAUUAUUAAGUUAUUUUUUCCCAUCUAUCUUACAUAACAGUUAUACAACAUCAUAUUUAUCAUCAAAUUCAAUUGAUUGGUUACAAAAAAAUUCAUUAAAUAUAACUUAUGUAACCCUUGGUGCUCAUUUAUUAGAAAAUUUAUUCAUCUUUAGACCAAAAUUGAACAAAUAUAGAGUCCCACCUGAUUUCUUGAUUGAAUGGUACAUUGCAGGAUUGAUUGAAGGGUUCCCAGCAAUUAAAAGAUUCAAUAAAUUAGUGCUUGAACGUGAAAAUCAUUAA